AUGGCCUCUCCCAUCCACUACUCUUCACUUGCCCUCUCUCUCCCCUCCACUAUCCCUCCCUUGCCCUCUCCCCCCCACUUCUCUUCCCUCGCCCUCUCCCAUUAUUACCCUUCACUUGCCCUCUCCCUCCACUUUCCCUCCCUUGCCCUCCCCCCUCCACUUUCCCUCCCUUGCCCUCUCCCCUCCACUUUCCCUCCCUUGCCCUCCCUUGCCCUCUCCCCCCCUUGCCCUCUCCCCCCCGCUACUCUUCCCUCGCCCUCUCCCUUUUAUUACCGUUCCCUUGAGCUCCCCCCUCCACAACCAUUCCUUUUGACUCCCCCCUCCACUACCCUUUCGUUGCCCGCUUCCCCCCACUUUCCUUCCGUUUCCAUAUCCCCUCCACUACGCUCCUCUUGCCCUCUCUCCGUCAAUACCUUUCCCUUUCCCUCUCCCCUCUACUACCGUUCCCGUUGCUCUCUCCCCUCCACUACCCUUCCCUUGCCCUCUCCCUUCCCACUCCCUCAUCCUCUCCUCCCAUUCACUCUCUUAUUCCCAAUCAGCCACACUCACCAUGCUCCUAACCUUCCCCCUCAGCUUCUGCCUCCUGCGUAUCAUUCAUCCCCUUUCUCCCCAUCAACCUUCACAAUCACAUCUGUGUCCCCUCCCUUCUCUUUUUCCCAUUCUUCCAUCAGCCCCACUCCUAGCCUCCCCCACCCCCUCAAAACCACUCACCCCUCAGCUUCUGCCUUCUGCCUUGCACUCAUCCCGCUUCUCCACAUGCCCCUUAUCAAUCACAUCUAUGUCCUCCCUUCUCUCUCUCCCUUGUCCCUUCAGCCCUGCUCCUCGCACUUCCCCUCGUGUGAUGCCUUCUGCCUUCCAUCCCCCCCCCCCCUCACCCUCUCCAGUCAUAUCCAUCCCCGCUUUCCUCCUUCCUUGCCCUCCCUCUGCCUCACUCCCCCCCAUAAACCCCACCUCAUCCUCUUCCCCCGUCUCCCCCUUCUCCACUCCUUCUUCCCCCUUAAACCCCAACAAGUCAUCUUCUGCCCCAUUCCGCCAAUUCUCAUACUCAUCCGGGAAAUUCGUCAAUGCUCAGGGCCCACGAAGUUUCACCGCCGCCCGAUCGUGCGCUCGGGCAGCCUCUUCCGGACAGGUGAGCGUUCCAAGCCACACACGGGAGUUCUUCUUGGGAAAUCGGAUCUCUGCCUGCAGUGCCGCUGCCGCACCCCCCGGUACCUGUUUUUGUCUUUCCUUGCUUGUCUGCCGGCCGCCAUAGUGGACAGAAAAGGCGGAACUGUGAUGGCACUUGUGGUUGGAUUAGAGGACGCAUCAAGAGGUGCACCUCUGCUUCUCGCUUCACCACCAUCACGGGGGAUCCGCACUGCUGCAGCAGCAUCUCUGGCUGCUAUUGUAGGCGUAUCUCUGCAGCAGCACCUCUGCUUUACGUGUCUUUGCUGUUUUCCGCCUGCCUCUGGCACCCCAGACUGCUCUGCUGCACCCGCUGCUAUGCCCACUCCCACUGCUAACAACCCUACCACCGCCUUCCCCUCCACCAUUACCCCCAACAUUCCAACCACCACUCUUACCAUCAUCCCCUCCCCCACCAUGCCCUCCACCACCACUCCCACUGCCACCGUCCCCCCUCAUACCACCGUCCCCCCUCACACACUGUCCCCCCUCAUACCACCAUCCCUCCUCAUACCACCAUCUCUCGCUGCCAUUCCUCCUCCAAAUGCCUCCCUUGCACCUGUUGCUCCCAGGACUACUCGCAUUGGCAGGAAUAUUUUUUUUUAG